AUGUCGCGCGGUGGCACCACCUUGUACGUGACUGGCUUCAGCCACGGAACUCGCGCCCGAGACCUCGCCUACGAAUUCGAACGCUUCGCCUUUGUCGAGUACGAGGACCGUCGCGACGCUGACGAUGCUUACCAUGAGAUGCACAACAAGCGCAUCGGCCGUGACGACAUCCUGAAGAUCGAGUGGGCUCGCACACCUCCUAGUGCGUCGUGGCGAUUCGACUCUGGCCGGGACCGUGAGCGCGCUCCUCGUCGCUCUUCCCCUCGUCGUGGCCGCUCUCCUUCUCCCCGCCGCAGCACCCGCGACUACUCUCCCAGAAAGGAUGACCGCCGCGACCGCGACCGUGACUACGACCGCGGCGACCGACGCGACACUCGCGAGCGCUCCCGCAGCCCUGACCGACGGAACAGUGACCGGGACCUCAAGGACGAUCGCGACGACCGGGACCACCGUGAGAACGGUACCAACGGUGACGACAGAAAAGGUUUGUGCACAUCCGCAAACGCCAGGAUCGCCUGCAGACAAACUGACACCGAUGCCAUUGUAGCCCUGGACAGCCCCCCCCCUGCCCACGAGGACCUGGAUGUUGCUGCGGAGUGA